CUUUGAACAUGCAUGCCCCGCUUAUAGCUAUAGUCACUGGCGCGAAUCGAGGCAUUGGUCAUGCCAUCUGUGCUGCGCUUGUUCGGGACUUCAAAGGCCCUUUGAUUGUAUACACAACCUCGCGUACUGGGGCCGUUAUUGACUGGACGGGAACAUCUAUCCCUCCAACGGUGCAAAUUCGACCCGCGCAGCUGUGUCUCACCGACCAGGACAGUAUCGCUGCUUUGCGCACGAGGAUCAGCAGCGAACACGGCGGCUGUGACCUUCUCAUCAACAACGCCGGGAUUCUCUAUUUUCGAGAGGACAUAACUGCCGAACAGCGCAAAGAAACCUUGGACGUGAACUAUCGGGGGACCCUCAAUGUCUGUCAAGCGUUCUUACCAAUUAUGCGCAAAGGAGGCCGCAUUGUCAAUAUCUCCUCCCAAACUGGCCUGCUAGAAAAUUUCCAUCCUCGCUUGCAGGCGCGGUUUCUGACCCCUGACCUCACUCUCAGGGAGCUUGAUGCUCUGAUCGACGAGUACAGCUCAGCAGACCAGAAAACCGCGACAAUGUCAGGCUGGCCGCCAUUAGCCUACAAAGUCAGCAAGGCCGCCCUGAAUGCCGGAACGCGAAUUCUUGCCCGCGACAAUCCCAACUUGCUGAUUAAUAGCUGCUGCCCCGGUUGGGUGAGCACGACCCUGGGUAUGCAGGCAGGUCAGCCACCCAAAUCUGUUGACACGUUGCUCACCAUGGCAAUAGAGGAGGGGGCGAAGAUCCCGCUACGAUUGGCGGUCGGUGAUAUUGGGCAGGUCAGUGGGCGGUACUGGGCGGACGAUUCGGUGGCAGAUAAGGGCAAUGGAAAGGUCCAGGGUUGGUAA